GGCAGCGCAUCAUUAGCAAAGGAGCAAUUAAAACUUGGGUAAUCAGAUCCCUCCAGGUGUUACUAUGUCUUUCUCUGAUGUAACUGUUGCUGUUUUGUGUUUCAGCAGGGUUCACCAAUCAUGGCAAGGAGGGCCUUGAAACUUGCCUCCCUGGCAGCAGCUGCUUCUGGCAUCUAUCUGUAUGGCAACAAGUUCAUGGAUCCCAACGAUUUUGGAGUUGUUCGUGUGGGCCGAGCCAUUGCCACAACGGCAGUUAUCACCUAUGACUACCUCACCUCCCUUCGCAAUGUCCCGUAUGGAUCAGAGGAAUAUGACUUCCUCAAAUCACAGGUGCACCUGCGCUCUGCUGAGCGCCUCCGAGAGCUGUGCUGUGCCAACCGAGGCACCUUCAUCAAGGUGGGCCAGCACCUGGGAGCACUUGACUACCUGCUGCCAGAGGAGUACACCCGCACACUCAAGGUGCUGCACAGCCAGGCCCCGAAGAGCACCAGGCAAGAGAUUGAGCAAGUCAUCCGUGAGGAUCUCGGCAAAGAGAUAAAAGAACUCUUUGUGAGUUUUGAGGACACACCUUUGGGAGCAGCGUCACUUGCCCAGGUGCACAAGGCAGUGCUGCAGGAUGGGAGAACGGUGGCAGUAAAAAUCCAGCACCCAAAGGUCCAAGCUCAGAGUUCCAAGGAUAUUUUCCUCAUGGAGGUUCUUCUCUUGAUUGUGAAGCAGAUCUUUCCAGAUUUUGAGUUCAUGUGGCUGGUGGAAGAAGCAAAAAAGAAUCUGCCUUUGGAAUUGGAUUUCCUCAAUGAGGGCAGAAAUGCUGAAAAGGUUGCUCAGAUGCUCAAGAACUUUGACUUCCUGAAGGUCCCCAGAAUCUAUUGGGAGCUCUCAACAAGGCGUGUUCUUCUCAUGGAGUUCAUGGAAGGGGGACAGGUGAACGACAAGGCAUACAUGGAGAAGAAUGGCAUUGAUGUCAAUGAGAUCUCUCGCAACUUGGGGAAACUCUACAGUGAAAUGAUCUUUGUGAAUGGUUUUGUCCACUGCGACCCACACCCAGGCAACGUGCUGGUGAAGAAGUGCCCAGACUCUGGCAAGGCCUACAUUAUUCUCCUGGACCAUGGGCUCUACCAGGUGCUGAGCGAGUCAUUCCGCAUGGACUACUGCCGCCUUUGGCAGGCCCUUAUCAAGGCUGACAUGAAGAGGGUGCAGAAGUACAGCCGGCGGCUCGGGGCAGGGGAUUUGUACCCUCUCUUUGCCUGCAUGCUCACUGCCAGGUCCUGGGAAUCUGUCAACAGGGGAAUUGACCAGUCACCAGUCUCAGCCAGCGAGGAUGUGGAGAUCCGGUCCAAUGCUGCUGCUUACCUACCCCAGAUCACCCAGCUCCUCAACAAUGUCCCCCGCCAGAUGCUGCUGCUGCUGAAGACCAAUGAUUUGUUAAGGGGAAUUGAAUCAGCUCUGCACACACGGGCCAGUGCCAGUUCCUUCCUCAACAUGUCUCGCUGCUGCAUCAGAGCCGUGUCCACGUAUCAGAGGAGCAGAAGUCACUCGCUUUACAGGAGGGUCCACAUCUCACUUACAGAAGCACUGAGCCUAUGGCAGAUCAACUUGUAUGAACUCUUUCUGUGGCUGAAAGGGUCUUGUCUGGGGAACUGGGUCAUUGCUUUCCUGAAUCGGAUGCACCAUUCCACGUAACUGACAUGAACUGAUGGGAGAGGCUCAAGUGUUCCUGCCCUCACUUCUACUCUCCAUGGCACAUUUGCAUUUAUGACUGUUUCUUCUGUGGGCUAUUCUUAGGUCUUGCUCCUUGUUACAUGCUGCACUGUCCUUGCUUGUUACAACACUAGCUUUCUCUGUGGCAGCAAGAGGUGGAGUAGGUAUGAGGGUUCUGCUGCUUUAUAGUUUAGGAAAGGACGGUGUGGUAUACUGUGUGUCAGGGAAGGCAUAGUACUUUCUCUCCCCAUUUGAGCUGGGGAAAUUCCAUACAGAUUCCUGUGGUAUUGCACUGGAAGCAAAAGACUUUUCUAGGCUCUUUCUUAAACAAUCUUACAAAAUUUAAAAGAAUCACUGCCCUGCCUAGAAUACCCCAAAACAUUUACUUGACCCUCAAGAAGAGAGGGUCCAUCCCUUUAAAUUCCAAUACGAUUUAUUUUAGAUAUUGCAGAAUCUCCCUAGUCUAACUUCUGCUCAGAUGUGCAGAGAGUUUCUCAGAGAGAAGUGAGACCUUGUGGAGAGCUGGCAUUAUGGCUUCUACUUCCAGCACUAGGGCACCCUAAUGGUGAGAACAGUGGACUGGAAUCCUGGCUUCCUGAGGUUCAUCUCUUGUAUUGUCAGCAAGUGCCUGUGUGGUUUUGGACUUUUUCAGUCCUGUUUCCUUGCAGUUGGAAUGAAGAAGGAGACAGUGGUCUACCUUUUUUUUCAAAAUUCAGGGAAAGCAAGAGGGAGGACAACUCAGGGUUCUGAAACUGCUGGUAAUGUAUGUGUACUGUACAGAUGCUGCCACACAGCAAAAUAAAUGUUUCAUCAAAGACA